UUCUGCUUGGUCAGUUUAUAUGAGUUUAAGAAGUCAUGAACCAUUGGGGUUCAUGCGACAAUAAGAAGUACCACAUCGGUUGUUUUGGUGAGAAUAAAGCCUUUAUUAAUUCCUGCAAAACCAAAGCUGCUGUCCCUUCGGGGACAUCCGAUAAAAUUGGAACGAUACAGAGAAGAUUAGCAUGGCCCCUGCGCAAGGAUGACACGCAUAAAUCGAGAAAUGGUCCAAAUUUUUUUCCCUUCCUCCCCAGUGUAUCAUAAACCUGUUGGUUUUUAAAACUAAUGAUUCUCCUAGCUUUUGCAGGUGCUAGCAUAAAGAUAAAAGAUCUUCAAAAGAAGCUUUAGGUUGACAUGUUUGAAGGUUUUUCUACUAAUUGCUUGUUUCAAGGUUUUUCCUCCAUGGUUGCCAGUCAAAUGAGCUCAACAAUACAGCAUUCAGAAGGCAGCAACUUGAGUCUGAUCAAAAUAGCAGCCAGAAGGGCCAUCAUCAGGAUGCCUCCUCGCCAGGAUUCUCGUGUAGGCAUUCACAGCAGCCUUGGAGAUGCUGUAUGCUGGCAGCAUCGAUGGCCACGUUCCGCCAGCCUCGAGGCUGUCAUCUUUGCAAUCUUGCAGAAACCUCUUCACCAUAUCAUCCAGCUUGUUCUCAUUCAGUGUCUCGAC